AUGGCGCGCAAGGCCGACGACUGCCUUCCCAUCUCCACCACCUCACAACGAGGAUCAUCGCCCUCCAAAUUCAGACUCAAGGCCCUGCUGAGCCAUUGUCUCUAUCGGAGAGUCGUCAUAUGGACUAUUGUUGUCAUCGUGCUCCUCACUGUCUCCCUGUUUAACCCGCAGUUGGUCCCUUCACAUAAAGUCCUCGAUCUGGUACAUGGAAGCAUGGGUGAGGCGAAAAGCAUCCCCAAAGGCGAUGCGAACCAAGCUCAACAUACUGAAACCGGAGAGACCAACGGCCAGGAAAAGCUGCAAACGCCGGAAGAUGUGGAGGAAUAUGCCAGGGGAAGUGAUCAACAACAACUGGAAACUCCAGAAGAUGUGGAGGACUACGUCGGGGAAAUUACCGAGGGCAUCAUCGAUAUGUCCGGCUACGGCAAUGAGGAGGAAGAAGAGGCCAAGGAGGAGGAGGAGGCGAAUGGCCCGCAUUGGCUAAGAUACAAACAUCUCGAUGGGUUCUACAAUGGCCUGAGAGCACUUGUCCCGUUUUCAGACUAUAAGCCAGAAUACCCCAAGACGUCGCCAGCAUCCGAUCGCUCAGAGCCACCGCCUGUACACCAUACCAAACUGCCUAAGCCUUCCGCCUUCUCCGCUCAUCCAGACUACAACUCCGACCAUUGGCAGAAAACGCAUGUCCGUGUCAACCCCUGCUACGUCGACGCCGACAAGAAGAUCUCGCCUCCGGACCUGUACGCAUACGAGGGCAUUCCCCAAGGACAGCCCAAGCCUGUUAUCGGAUCACAUGCGCUUCUUGGCCUCCGAGAAGAUGUUUGUUUCGAUCGUUUCGGUCGUUACGGUCCAUACGGCCUAGGGUACGACCUGGAACAUGGAGGAGUUAACGAGGCAAUGGAAACAGAGCGUGAGGGUAGCGAAGCUGUCUGGGGAAAAUCUGGGAGAAUCAACUGGGACGACAUUGACUGGGCAUCAGCACAGGACAAAUGCUUCAAGUCGAACCGAGAACGUUUCUUCACGGGCGACAAGAAGCAAGAUGCCGAGCUCGCCACGACCGGGCGCAAGAAGGUGGACCGGAUUGCUGUCGUCAUCCGCACGUACGUCGGCUUCAAGUGGACUGCCCAUGCCGUUCUCAAUUUUCGGGCCAUGAUCUCCGAGCUCAACUUGAGAUCGGGUGGCGAGUAUGAUGUGCACUUCCUGCUCCACGUGAGAGACAACAAUGCUCCCAUCUGGGCCGACCCGGCCACGGUACAGGAUAUACUGGAAGAAAAUGUACCUCCCGAGUUCCACGGGCUCUGUACGUUGUGGUCAGAAGCUCAGAUGGCCCUGUACUACCCUGGUAACUUUGGAGAUACCUUCGAGAACCCCUCCAACGGUGACAUUCACGGAGUCUAUCGAUCCGCUCACAUGCCGCUCCAACACUUUGCUGUUACCCACCCGCAGUAUGCCCAUUUCUGGAAUUGGGAGAUGGACAUGCGAUGGACCGGGUCGUACUAUGAGCUUUUUGACAGACUCGGCAAAUGGGCCGAGAAACAGAGUCGGCAAGGCAUGUGGGAACGUGCAGCCAAGUACUACAUUCCUGAGCUUCACGGGAGCUGGGAAGACUUCACGGCGCUCGUUGAACAGGAGACGCGUGAGGCCAAGAAGAAGCCGAUAUUAGGACCGGUGACGUUCUCUGGCAAGGCCAGUCUCGAGCACGGCGAGGAUUUCAUGCCCCCGAGUUGUGCCACCGGGUCCGAUAUGUCGCAAUGCGGUGUCGGGGAGGCUGCCGAUCUGAUCACGCUCAACCCCCUCUUCGAUGCCGACGAAUCUGGCUGGGUGUUUGCUGGAGAUGUCACGGGCUACGACACGUUUAUCUCCAAGCCUCCUCGAAGAUGCGCCAUCGUGACUGCGUCUCGACUAUCCCGCCGUCUGCUGACGGUGAUGCACGAGGAGACCUGGCGUCUUCACCACAGCAUGUUCAGCGAGAUGUUCCCGCCCUCGAUGGCCUUUCAUCGCGGCUUGAAGGCUGUGUAUGCGCCGCACCCAGUGUUUCUAGAUCGCGCAUGGCCCCAGGAAGAGAUCGAAAAAGCUUUCAACGGCGGUCGCCAUCAUAGCUCCGGAGGCCACGGAUCGCCGUUCGACCUUACCAACGAACACAACCAUAAAGGUACAACUUGGUACUAUAACAGCGAGUUCGCCGGUCUACUAUGGCGACGUUGGCUCGGUUACGCACAGCUUGACGGACGCGGAAAAGACGGUGGCCACGCAAAUGGAGGUAGUCUGCGUGGUGGACCCGAAGAAGAAGAGGACCCCAAUAGCACCGGGCGACUCUGCCUCCGAAGCAUGCUGGUACACCCCAUCAAGUGGGAGAACCCAGCGGAACAGGAGGAUGACUAG